UUGCGAUGGCAUUUUCGACUUGGAAAAACUCAAAAACCCUUUCACUAGGGAAUCGGAAAAGGACAAUCUAAGAAUAUCAGCAUGUCAACAACUGCGAGAAAUUUGUUUUAAAAAAAAAAAAAAAAAACAUUGCGGAUUAUUAAGGCAGGUGUGGCAAUAAAGGUAUAAAAUGAUGGAAGUGAGAUAUCAAACCCGUCAGUCACUUUUGAUCGCUGAGCGAUUACAUCAAAAGAUGAAGUUGAGCUUCAUUUCAAUAUUGUUUGUUUUGGUGUUGGCAGGAUCGGCGAAAUCGAAUGAAAGCCGUCAGAAGCGUUUCAUUCUUUUGAAAAAGAUAAUGCAGAUGGGUGGCGCUGCUGGAAGUUCCAACAUCUUUCAGGACGAGACUCCACCGCCUCCUGUUCCAACGUGUCCCAACAUUUACAUUCAACAGCAGCAACCACAACCGAAUUAUACGCCGGCUUACAAUCCACCGGCGUACAAUACACCAGCGUACAAUCCACCGGCGUACAAUACACCAGCGUACAAUACACCUGCGUACGAGUACACGACGCAACCCAACGUGUACACUUCACCCCCUCCGCCAAGUUACGCUCUACCAUCACCAUCGACAUACACCUAUGUUCCAUCGACUCCAUCGCCACCGCAAUCAAGAUACGAACAACAGCCAUCUUACCUUCAGAUGCCACCCAUUUACAAGCAGCCAAAUCCAUCCUACGUUCCGGAGCAAAGUUAUAAUCCGCCGGUUCAAUCAUCUCCGUCGUCCUAUCAGUCACCACUGGUACAAUUUCACAUGUUCCAAAAAUGAAAAAAAAAAAAUUCUUUUGAAAAUACACAAUUUCAGUAUAAAUGAGUUAAGCUUAAAACUUUAAAUUUGGCAUAACAUAGAUCAAAAUGAUUUCUGUUAUAACACACCUUAACAAAUCAGCUGUUCCUAAUAAUGAGAUGCCAAAUUAAUCACGGUCAAGUCAACGGAGAUAAAAAUGAGAAUUUGGCUGGGUGGCCAGAAAAUUCGAGACCCGAGUUAUUUUUUCUCGUGACUUGG